AUGGAAGGAUCCUUUGGGAAUGGUGUCUAUGUGCAGGUUAGAUGUUUUCUGUGUGUUGUCGAAUUGAAUGGUAAAAUAUAUGCAAUCGGUGGAUAUGAUCAAAAUGAUAAUAGAUCUAAAACAGCAGAAUGCUUCAUACCAGAAACCAAUCAAUGGAACUACAUCGCCUCAAUGAACUUCAAGAGGAGUGAUGCUAGUUCAUGUCAUAUAAGGAAUCGCAUCAUUGUGGCAGGUGGUUUCGACGGGCGUAAGUACCUCAAUUCUGUGGAGGUGUACUACGUGGAGUUUGAUCAAUGGUACUUGUUGCCCGACAUGAACAGCUGCAGGUCUGGACUUGCCUGCGUGGCUGUCGGAGACUAUAUCUACGCCUUAGGAGGAUUCGACGGUACGAAGAGAUUGCAAACAGUAGAAAAGUACGAUGUCUGCAGCAAGCAGUGGUUCGCCACUAAGCCCAUGAGAAGACCCAGAAGUAAUUUUGCAUCAGCAGUAUUGGAAGGAAAAAUUUAUCUGAUGGGCGGUUACCAUGAAGGAACUAAUAUCAUCUCAGACGACUGCGAGUACUUCGACCCCUCAACACACAAGUGGAAAAGGAUCGCACCUUUGGGACUGGGACGUGCCGGUAUUGCUGGUUGCACUCAUGGCCAACUCAAGAACGUAAGGAAUUACACAUUGGACAGUGACUCGCGAUCCCUUUUAAAGAAAUAUUUGGCGCAAGAUUUAGCUCAAGAGCUGGAAAACCUUUCUCUGGACAAUUUCCAACAAUCUCGAUUGACUUUUGAUGUAAUAUUCGUUUGA